CAAGAUGUCGUGAGAUUCAUUUUUUGGUCACCGCCUAGAAGAGGGUCUAGGGCUACCUAGUUGAAAUCCGUGGUCGUCCUCCUCCAGUGAAAAGAAAAGAAGAUGGCGCGGCCUUUCUGGCGUAUGUUGCUUUAUCAUGCUCUUGCUCUCUGCAUCUAUUUCUCCGCCGGUGGAGAUGCAGGUGAGACUCAUAGUGUUACGGAAGAGAGAACACCGGCGCAAUUCACGUCAACGUUUCGACCGCAGGCCACCGCUAGGGUGCCGGCGUCCUCUGCUGCAGCACCAAGAACAGUUCCGAGCAGUCGAAAGGCUGAGGACUCAUCGACGACGAAAGAAGCCAUCGCUCGAGCGCAAGAGCCACUAGGUGUAGAUGUAAAUGAAGAAGAAGCUCCUGCGCAAGAACACCAACAGCGACAGCACCUUCGAGCGCCGCCGUCCAGCACCAGCACUUCUUCGCCUGCUGGUACUACACCAUCAUCAGCUCCCCCACCACCUCCCAACAAGAACAUCCGCUUAAAAAGUUUUGCCGGUCUGCACCCGCACAUGCACGAGUUCAUGGAUUUUUCGGACGAGUACGGGCGACAACGCAUUUUUCGCGGCACGAACUUGGUGAUCAAAGGUCCGCCCUACCUUCCCUACCGCGAAGGGUUCGACCGAGAGGUUUCCUUGGUCAAAAGAGACUACGAAUUGAUGAAGAAAUCCGGCUUGAACCUCAUCCGCCUCGGCGUGAUGUGGGUGGGCGCCCAGCCAAUCGACCGAAGUAGCUGGAACGAGACCUACUUUUCUCAAACGGCGGAACUGAUCGACGAAGCGAAGGAACACGGCAUUUUCGUCCUCGCCGAUAUGCAUCAGGACUGCUACGCCGAGGCUUUUUGCGGCGAGGGCAUGCCGGCCUGGGCUUCGAAAACAAACCACUACGAGUUGGAAGAUACUGUUGCAAAAAAUCGCAAUAGUGGAAAUAUCAUCGAAAAGACACUCUCCAGCGUCGAGAACCAAGUCAAUAAAAACAUCUUCACGGAUUACCUCGACAAGUUUCCCCGUCCCGUCUACCCCGAAUUCACGGAGUUUCAGAAUUUCACCAAUCCCUUCUACUUCAACGGAGUGAUUCCCUACCGCAAGGACUGCGGCGCCCUGGACAACCAUUUGGGGAAUGUGCAGGCCUCGUACGCCGCGGAGGCGACCGGACAGGCCUUUCAAAACCUGUACCAAAACGGAGACGGAUUGACGGACGCGUGGGCGGCAUUCUUCAAAAAAGUGACGGAAAUCACGAAGCCACGAGACAACGUGCUAGGUACUUCUUCAGCUUUCUCGAUCCGCCCGAAAACGAAGAGAAUGAAAUUCCAAGUCCAACCCUAGUAAUGUGGCUUUCCGUUUCCUCGUGUUUUUUUCCUGGUGCUCUGGAACACUUAUCUCUUUUCUUUUUUGUUCUGGGUUUUGCCUACACCCUCCCUCUUCUAUUCAUCCAGGUCUUGAGCUUCUGAACGAGCCGUUCGCGGGGAACAUUUACACGAAUCCGAUGCUCGCCAUCCCCCGGUUCGCCGACGCCUGGAACCUGCAGCCGGCGUACGACGUCGUCGCGAAAGCGAUCCGGGAGGUGGACGAGGAGGAGCUGAUUUUUUUUGCCGGCGUCACCUGGGCCGACAUGGGAGACCACGUAACCUACAACGGGUUCAGCCAUCCACCGGGAGGGCAUGGCUACAAGGUAUGAUCACGAAUUCCCGUCGAUCCCACAUAAUUGCUUCUUCGCAUAAAGGUAGAGCCGUAGCCUCGCACAGGGUGAGCUUUCCCAGCAUGUCAAAAGCGAAUGCAUCAUGUUCAUUCGCAACUUUAUCACUAUCAGGAUCGCAGUGUAAUGGCGUACCACUACUACAUGCCUCCGCAAGAGACGAACUCCAGCGCCAACUACUACCACAACUGGGUGGUGCCCAACGCGGAGCGGCUCGGCACGGCGCAGAUGAUGACGGAGUUCGACCGGGGCACUCCAGAACAGGACUUCCAGCAGUUCGAGCGGGUGGGCGUCAGCUGGGCGUGGUGGGAAUGGAAAAGCUACUGCAAGAACACGGAAAGCUCCAAAGACGAUCCCUCGCAGUUUGCCGCCUGGGGAAGCUGCAAAACCGGGUACGGGGGCGUGUUUCCGGUACUAUAAUUGGCUCAUGUAUAAAAAAAAAAUGCCGCGUCCAGAGCGGUUCCAAGUAGUAGUUAUGGCGCAGCCCCCUUCAGUUUUUUCUACUCCUACAGCAGAUAGACAAUCACCCACAUUCGAAUGGUCGAUGUUGUCAUGACAAAACCCAACCCAAAAACAAAUAUCACCAACAGCCCGACAACGACAAGCCGGUCCUCGGGCUGUACAGCAAGCUGGUUCGGAUGUACCCGCAGGCGAUUCAGGGCGUCUUCAUCCAGAGUUUUUACAACGUCACCAAUUUUCAGCUGGAUUUCGAGUUCACGCUGGAUCCGGAGAUCUGCGCGCCGACGGAGCUGUACAUCGGUUCCGUGUACGACACGGGUGAGUACAGUGCGGUGGAGGUGAAAAAGACUCUCCCGCAUGUCUACGACAGUGCCUUUUUCCACCGAAAAACCGAUAAACGGGAAGAAAAUAAGGACAGACAGAUCGAGGAAAGGCUAGUGGACGCGAUCUUCGAGAACGAGGAUGUGUUCCGCAUGCCGUUGGAUGUAGUUCACGAGAACCUCGUCAACUCAGAGGCAGGACAACGACCCGAUGCAUCACAACGAGAAACAGGAAGUACAGAAACUGAAACGAGCCGACCGAAAGCAUCAACAACCACGGCAGGCGAGCUGGUGGUGCAUGUUUCACCGCAGGGGGCGUUGAAAAACGAGGGCGUGAAGGAUUUGAUCCUUUCCCUGCGUGCAGCAGACGGCGUUCCGAAGAACACAAUCGUGAAAAUGAGAAUUCAAAGACGGUUUUUCGUGGAUAAGAAGGAAAUCGACGAAAGUACAGCGGCGCAGGAGUUGAUGCAAGAUGCAGUGCUCUUGUCGACUGCACCUGGACCGAGCUCGUCUUUCAUGAAAGCAACGUCAUCGAGGGCUCGACACCACGACGACCAAGGAAACUCUUUAACGAGUCGAGCUCCGCAACGGGAACAGGUGCUAUCGCCAGACUUCUUCAAACCGUCUAGGCCGACUGCAUUGGACCGGCAGAAACUGCGCGACGUUCUCACGGAUGAAGCCUGGCGAUUCUUUCGUCAAGCAGCGCGAGACGAGAGGUUUCCCCCGGUGCUAAGAGAAAACCAUGAUAUGCCCACCACGGCGAGUGAGCGCCUGUGGGACGCUACUAAUAUUCUGGGUACUAAAGGGACGACACCGCCGUCGGCGGAAUACGAGCUUGAGGUUUACAAUUAGGAUUAGCGGAAGACGUUGAGGUCUAGCAGAAGGGGGAGCAGGAGCAUACAUGAACAUAAACCGCAGCUCCACGUGCAUUCGACGUCGUGGUGCUCAUCCUUGUACGGUAUUUUUGCAAUUUAGCAUGCAAUUUGUAGCUGUUUCCUAACAAACGAAAAAGAGAAAUUCCAAAACGAAAUCGUGAACAAGGAGAAAAUGAAAUUGAAAAUACUUAAGUAGUCUACGUAGCUCGACGUGGUCGUGGUCGAUGCCUUUCUUUUGUAUCAUACGUUAGUGAAAGUUGAAUGAAACAAUUUGAAAAUAAGAACUAGGUAGAACACAUUUUUAGAAGUUGUAUGGUUCUUGUUUAGCACAAGUGCCGUCCGGAUUCUAGUCCUACCACUGCUGUUAUCGAUGUGUGAAAAUACGCAGUCGCAGAGAAAACGACAAAUGAACCCCGCACGUGCAGAAAAUUGGAAUUGGUGCACUUGCAAUCAAAUAAUGAAUAGAAAUACAGCAUACCAUAAUACCUUCGAUGUUGAAGCUGUGUAAUCAAAGACAAAGACAUUUUGGUUUUCUAACUUUUUCCCCAUCAACGCAAAAGGGUCUUCUCUUUCUCUUGUGUGGUCGAACGUUAACGCACCGCAGCGCCAAGGAGCACAGUCAAAUACAGUCGUAUGCGUACUACUAAAU